GGGUGGACUCCAACCGCCAAGCUUUCGAUUAGCAGCCAGACACACACAUUAACCAUUUGUACCACCCAGAGACAGGUACAGAACAGGCUCUCCAUAAAUGCUUCUUGAAUUAACCUGAGUCCCUUCAUUGGCUCAGGAUCGUUUUGCCAUUGGGAAGAAUCACUUGGCCAAGAUUAGCAAUCUCCUAAUUAGACCAAGUCAAAAUAUUCUUUAUCAAGAGUAUACAAGUUAGACUGACUUCUGAAAGUAAGGAAACAUGAAAGAUGACGUUCACCUCACGAUCAUAGCACAAUCUGGGUGUGGAGAUGUGUGUGUACAUACGUGUGUUUGUGUACAUACUUGGUUUUGGGGGUCAACUUUGAAUUUGUGUGAACUUGUUAAGUUCUCCUUAUAGAUAUCUGGGCCAGAAACCAGAACCACUUGUGUUUAAAUAUGAUUGCUAUUCUGUGCACAGAUCAGGGUUCUGGUAUUUUAAGCAUUCCUCUUCUUACCUUCUACCAAAAAAAAAAAAAAAAAAGUAGUGGUGCUGAAUUAGUUGGUUUCUGCAGGCAUUAAGUCUAUAAAGUUCAACAAAGCAGAAGAAAUUUAUGUUUAUAAAAGAUAAAUAAUUAUUUGAUAGCUUGGAGAUUCUAAAAAGAUAAUCUAAAUAACUAAGGAUUUUUUAAAAAAUGGAUUGUUUUUCUAAGCUACCUAGAAUGCUUGAGAAUUCCUCAAAUUGAUUCCAUAGUUAUAUAAUACAUUGUGACUAAACUGCUUAUUACUUUGGGUAAUAUUGAUAGACCAACUCUUAGAAUUAUUUAAUGGCCCCAAACUUGGAUGAAACAUCAAUUACUAGAACCUCUUCAAAUAGCCAAUGCAGAAUUAUCUCAGGGUGUGGAUUUUCUCUUCUCAGUGCCACCAUUAGCGUGCUGUUGCCACGAAUAUUUGUUUACUCAUCUUUCACUCAAGAAAUCUUAACUGUAGGAUAAAAUUGCCAAGGAUGUUUAUAAAUAAGGAACUGAAUUUGUAUGUAAAAUGGCAUAAAAUUAUUAAUUUGCUUUAAGGAAGUGUUAUUCAGUACUGAUUUUAUAUGCCAAAGUGACCUUCUAGUCAGAAAGUGGGAUGUACUAAAAACCAUUUUCAGCUUGUUAAUAAAUGGUGCCAAUUGUACAUGAACUGAUUACUCUAGUAUCUGAUGUAUAUGUUGCUGUUCUCCAUUUAUUUUAGGUGUGGAAAUUAAAAGAACAAAAAUACUUUGGCUGGGGCUUUGAUCAAGCAAAUGCUAAAAAGGUGUUGAAAUUAACAAGAUACUUCCAACUCUGUAGUGCGUAUGGGAAUUAGGAUAUCUGAGUCAUUGGGGUAUUUGAACAGGAGCCCUCGUGGGGCAGUGGCUAAAGCGCUCAGCUGCUAACCGAAAGCAACAUAAGGAAGAUCCUUAACAGUCAUUUCUCAACAAUUAUAUAGUCAACUAAUGUAACAAUGGUACUAAUAUUGGGACGCAGACUAAACAGAGAGGAUCUUGGAGUGCGUGACUCCCCAGCAACUAAGCGUAAAGUUUUUGAAAUGGACCCUAAAUCUCUGACAGGUCGUGAGUUUUUUGACUUCUCUUCAGGAUCAUCCCAUGCUGAAAACAUACUUCAGAUAUUCAAUGAAUUCCGAGAUAGCCGCUUGUUCACAGAUGUUAUCAUUUGUGUGGAAGGAAGAGAAUUUCCUUGCCAUCGUGCCGUUCUAUCAGCCUGUAGUAGCUACUUCAGAGCUAUGUUUUGUAAUGACCACAGGGAAAGUCGAGAAAUGUUGGUUGAGAUCAAUGGUAUUUUAGCUGAAGCUAUGGAGUGUUUUUUGCAGUAUGUUUAUACUGGAAAGGUGAAGAUCACUACAGAGAACGUACAGUAUCUCUUUGAAACAUCAAGCCUCUUUCAGAUUAGUGUUCUCCGUGAUGCAUGUGCCAAGUUCUUGGAGGAGCAACUUGAUCCUUGUAAUUGCUUAGGAAUCCAGCGUUUUGCUGAUACCCAUUCACUCAAAACACUCUUCACAAAAUGCAAGAAUUUUGCUUUGCAGACUUUUGAAGAUGUAUCCCAACAUGAAGAAUUUCUUGAGCUUGGCAAAGAUGAACUCAUUGAUUAUAUCUGUAGCGAUGAACUUGUUAUCGGUAAAGAGGAGAUGGUUUUUGAAGCCGUCAUGCGUUGGGUAUACCGUGCUGUUGAUCUGAGAAGACCACUGUUACAUGAGCUCCUGACACAUGUGAGACUCCCUCUGUUGCAUCCCAACUACUUUGUUCAAACAGUUGAGGUGGACCAAUUGAUCCAGAAUUCUCCUGAGUGUUACCAGUUGUUACAUGAAGCAAGACGGUAUCACAUACUUGGGAAUGAAAUGAUGUCCCCAAGGACUAGGCCACGCAGGUCAACUGGUUAUUCUGAGGUGAUAGUUGUUGUUGGAGGCUGUGAACGAGUUGGAGGAUUUAACCUUCCGUACACUGAGUGCUAUGAUCCUGUGACAGGAGAAUGGAAGUCUUUGGCUAAGCUUCCAGAAUUUACCAAAUCAGAGUAUGCAGUCUGUGCUCUAAGGAAUGACAUUCUUGUUUCAGGUGGAAGAAUCAAUAGCCGUGAUGUCUGGAUUUAUAAUUCACAGUUAAACAUUUGGAUCCGAGUUGCCUCUCUAAAUAAAGGCAGAUGGCGUCACAAGAUGGCUGUCCUCCUUGGUAAAGUGUAUGUUGUCGGAGGCUACGACGGGCAGAACAGACUCAGCAGUGUAGAAUGUUACGAUUCCUUUUCCAAUCGAUGGACUGAAGUUGCUCCCCUGAAGGAAGCAGUGAGUUCUCCUGCGGUCACUAGCUGUGUAGGCAAACUGUUUGUGAUUGGUGGAGGACCUGAUGAUAAUACUUGUUCUGAUAAGGUUCAGUCUUACGAUCCAGAAACCAAUUCUUGGCUACUUCGUGCAGCUAUCCCAAUUGCCAAAAGGUGUAUAACAGCAGUAUCCUUAAACAACCUGAUCUAUGUUGCUGGUGGACUGACCAAGGCAAUAUACUGUUACGAUCCAGUGGAAGAUUACUGGAUGCAUGUACAGAAUACAUUCAGCCGACAGGAAAACUGUGGUAUGUCUGUAUGUAAUGGUAAAAUAUAUAUCCUGGGCGGAAGACGGGAGAAUGGAGAAGCCACAGACACCAUUCUCUGUUAUGAUCCUGCAACAAGCAUCAUCACAGGGGUGGCUGCCAUGCCCAGGCCAGUGUCCUAUCACGGCUGUGUGACAAUUCAUAGAUACAAUGAGAAGUGCUUUAAGCUCUAAAGCCACGAUACCUCACCCAAGAAGCCACACCAGCCCAAGAUGAGAGGUUCAAAAACUCCAGUGGGAACUCGACAUGCUUCCUUUGUGCCGUAUGCAAAAAAAGUAAAAAUAAUCAUCGUGGUGCCUUUCUCUCCAAAAUACCAAUCUUUCAAACUGUAAAUGAAGCCUUUCCUGUAAUGAAAAACAAACGUUUUUGUUAAAGGUAAUGGUGGUUGUUGCUUGGCCUGUGAGAGUGUACCUUUGUGAGUGUUUGUAAAAAGCCUGUGUGGAAUAGGAAAUAUUAGCUGCUUGCAUACCCUUUAGGGAUUUGUGAACGCCCUCUUCCUUUACGUGUGUUCUCUGCAAGGCUGUUUUCUUCAUUUCGUCAGAUGUGUAGAGAAAAUGGCAACCUGAGGCUUCAUGUAGGUUGAAUCACCUAAUGCUUAGAAUGCCUAGUGUGUGUACCAAGGGGAAAAAAAUUGUAAAAAAAACUUUUUCACUAAAAAUGUAUCCAAGCUGAUUAAUUUUUGAAGGUGUUUUCUCUGUAAUUAUAAAAAUUUGAUGACAGCCAUUUGACUAUCAUAAAAUACUAAAUUAUCAUGACUUCAUUUCUAGAAUUGCAGCCUUAUAUUAAACAUUGAGGUGCGGGGGCGGGGGCUGGGUAGGAGAUACAAGAGCAAGUGUCCCUAAAAGGGGGAUUAAAUUCACGUAUUCAUUCCUAAGGAAAAAAUAUUUAGAACUAUUGAAGGGAAAAUUCACCAUUGCUCUCAAAGUAUUUAUGCAUCAUCUCUAAAUCCCCCUUUUCGUGAACCAGGCAAAGGCAUUGAACCCCAUUUUGCGUUAUUAAGAAAAGCAGGGGCAAGGUUUCUCCUCUAGCCCAGUAGGGUUUGACCUCAGUAGUAUGGUACUUUGGGUGAAGACUUCUUCCUGUGGUUAUCCAACUUUCUUGUGGCCAGUUAAAAAUCCUGGGAGUCUCCACUAUUAAAAUGCCUUUGAUAGGAUAAAGCAGGGACCAUCUAGCUUAGUGGGUCCAUUUUUCUUUUUAAAUUAUCUAUCUGAAAAAACUAACAGCAGUAAUUCCAGUCUUCUAAGAUAAAUCUUUUAUUUGGUACCCACUGUAACAUUGUGAUCAACAUUUUCAAGCUUCUAAACAACAAAUUACUUUUGUCUAAAUUUUUGAACUCCAGCUUAUAAAACUAACCAGUUUUUCAGAGAAGAAUGUGAAUUUUUUUUCCAAAGGCAAAUGAAUUUAGAAGGAACUACAGCAUGAGUGACUAUUGUGAUUCCUGGGUGGACAGAUACAAUUCAUAGUGUUUUGGGGAUGUCCCAAGUAGCCUGCUAAAUUUGACUUCCCAGACAGUGUUGUCAUCUGGCAUCAUAGUUUUGUACUCCGUGUCAUAGGAAGGGUGAUGCAGAUAUGUGAUUAUAGCGUCACCUGAUUUCUGUUAACACCAAGGUGGUGAUCGGAACCCUAGCGCUGGUGAACUUUUUUUCCUCAUUUAAGAAGAUAACAGACAUUUCAAAUAGACUAUACAGCAUCAACUUUAAUGCUUGGCUAGAAUCUAAAUCCUGAGGAGAACUAAAACAGUUAAAAAAAUUUUAGGGAAUUUUUCUUUUUCAAAUCAUAAUUUGAAAAUGAUAUAUACCUUUUUGUGAUGAUUAGAGAAUUCAGAAAACUUCUUUAUCAUUUUAGUUGAAAGACAAUUAUGGGUUCAGUUGGGAUACUGUGCUUUCAUUUCAGAGUGAACAUCCUAUUCGGCAUUAUAUCUUUUGUAGAAAAUGGAACCUGAAUUUUAGCUCUGGAAUUCUUUUACAGUAAAUGAGAUAAUGUAUGAGACAGUGUUUUGUAAAUGCUGAGGACUAUACAAAUGAUGGUUGUUAUUUUCAUGGGUAAGAUCAUGCCCAUCCGUAAAUCCAGACACUUUACAUAAAAAAAUACUUUCUCAAGAUAACUUUGUAUUCUAGUAUUUCUGUGUAUUGUAAAAGUGUUGACUAUUUACUUGUAGUUUGUUAUAGAUUCAUUCUUAAUAUCCAUGUGUUCAUUGUAGUAAAUUUGAAAUGAAAUCCUAAAAAACAGAAUUUGUAUAAACACAGACUUCAUACUGAUAAUGUUUCAUUUUCUUCUCUACAUAAUUUUUAACUACAUAUGUAGUUGGAAUUUAUGUUGAAGAACACCAAGAAUCUAGUUUAAAUCCUAGAAAAUUAAAGUGACUAUUUUUAAAGUUACCCAACUGAUAUUUUAAUUUUCCUUACUUAUCUUUGUUUACUGAUGCUUGAUAAAAUAAUGUUGUUAGCAUUGAUAACAUAAAAAAUAAUUUUAGGGUAUGAUUAGUAUAUCAAAAGAGAUUAGCAACCAAAUUGGUAUCAGUUUAUAUUCAUACAGUCAUCACAUAGUUAACAUAUUAUCUUUUAAUAGAUGGUGCUCAUAUGAGCCUUUAGGGUUAGUAUGUAUUUAUAUGCAUGUGUAUAUAUGUAGGUAGAUAGUAUGGUCAUGUACACACAUAUAGCAGUUUGUGAUGAUCAGAAAAAGCACAUAAAGUAAAAAUUAGUUGACCAUAUUCAAUUCCAGAAGAUUUUUCUCUUUUGGACAUUUCUAGAAUUCUUUUUUACAUUGGAAAGUACAUGAUGAGUAUUAGUAUGAUCACUUAUUUACAGUAAGGAUCUGUAUAACGUACCCAUUUUUACAAGCUCAGAAAACAAAUUGGAGGUAGAGAUGAGUGUACCAAACCCGUCUGUGAUACCUCAAGGGGAAAGGGGACUCAAGAGUCUAUUUUCACGGAUGAACAAAUGAGUAGAGUUUGUUUUUUAUGACUUUAGCCCUUUUCCAUGUUUUCCAAUACGUGAGUGAGCUGUGAAGUGGCCUAAUUUUUACAACAAAGACCUUCCUCCUUUUGUACUCUAAUCCUUCCACUGACUUUACUCCACAGGUAUGAAAUGGUGGCCUAUUGGGUCUUCAGUAACCUUUUCUAGGUGAUUGAAAUAUAGGUAUUUACUCCAUUUAAACCAGGUGUUAAGACAAUGUAAAUACUCAGGGAGGGAUUUAACUUGUCCCUUUUCUCCAAUUUGGGGUGGUUAAAGUGCCAUAAUGGAAUAGUCUUCAGUUUAUUUUUCUAGAGUAAAUUUGAUUGGUAAAGGGGCUUCACACACGGCAGUGGUUAAACAUUCAUUCUUUUGUAUUUAGAAAGAUGAAAAUGUUUUGUGAACGAACAGUUUUUCUCUUAGUGAAUAUGAAUUGUUUAUUAUGUAUCUCUACUGUCAAAUACCCUUUUUGAAACUCAGGAAAGACAAAGGUUCAAUUACACUACUUUUGUCAACGUGCAAACCAGGUUUGUUUUUUGUUGUUGUUGUUGUCUGGAUAUGGCAAUAGAUUAAAAAAAAAAUUGCUGUGAGAACCCAUACAUGAAAAGAGAGAGGUUGAAUUGUUUGUGUGUGUCUUUUGUGUCUUGAGAUUUCUGUGUGGAAAAGACAUCUACUCCAGACUGUAUUUUCCGAGAGGAGAGAUGGCUGCUAUUCCUGUGUCGCCAGGUAAUAAGAUAAUCCCUCUUAAAGGCUUCCUAUGGACUGCCUUUAUUUUAGUGAACUCAAGACACCAAUUAACCUCAACAUAAUUUUGGCCUUAUUAGAAUCUGUCGUUCGUUAUAUUGAAAGCCAGGUUUACAUCACCUCACCCUGUUAUUUUUUGUUAAAUAAAUUCAUCCUACCAAGGAACCAGAAUGGGGCAAUUUGGUUGACUUCCAAGGCAGUAGGUUUGACUAACUAGCUCAACUUAUCGUCACAGCUAAUACUAGGCACCAGAAACCACUUGAGCCAGGAGUGUGAAUUCAUAAUUCCAGAGAUAUUUAGGAGAGUAGUUCUCCUUUUCCAACAUUCGUCAGAUAUUUUUAAAUGUUUUUAUAUAAAUGCUUUACAUUUCUGUCUUGCAUUAGAUAUUAAAUUUACUUAGUGCUAAAGAUGAUCAUCAUAAAUAAUUUUUUAAAAAAUAGCAAGUCAUAACUUAUGUUGUUCCAAAGAAAAUAAUUUUUGUUUUAAUAUUUUCAAAAUAACUGCACCUGAAUUUGUUUGUGCCUUAAGCUCUCUAGCACUACUUCAGCCUUUUCAUUUUAGCUAAGGCUUAUCUUACAUUAAGUUUCAUGUUUGUUUCCGGUAGAAUAAGUAAACUUCUUAAACCUUCUGAUGAGCACCGGCCACGUUGCAGAAUGAAAAUGUUAAGCAAGGUUGUGGGGUGUUUGGAGUUCUUUUUUUUUUUUUAAUACCAAGGUGCUUUUUAAGAUACUCAGAUCAACAUCUAUCUUACAUUGAUUAAACCCUUGUAAACAUCAUUUGCAAUAGCUACGUCUGAUAUUAAAAAAUUACAUCUACUUAUUUUUGUUACAUUCUUGUGUACUAUUUUUUUCUUGGGGCGGGGGGGUGACUUUUUCAUUUAACUUGCUUUUAAAAAGUUCUUCCUCUCCCCUCCCCCAUAAACUCUCCCCACGGGUUUCUUUCUUUGCAGAAUAUUCAAAUUUUUGUUGAGUUUCUGGAGCUAUCUAAGACAACACAAUUACAGAGUUGAACGAAAGUAUAAUCUGUUUUACAGCUAGUACAGGCCUGGGAUGGCCAAAUGUCGUUUGCUUUCAGCUAAAGGCUCCAGAGUCUCCACAGUGGGGGGAGAAGGGGCUGUAUAUUUCAUUGUUCUCAAUUCAGCUGUAGCACAUUAAUACAUGUUUUGUUUAAAUAUAUUUCUUGCAUAGUUUUAAUUUUUAAAAAAUUGUAUCUAAUAAAAUGUCUUUUAACCAUUACAUGACUGGUUGUAUUAAAAUUUUAUCAAAAACGUGUUGUUCUGUUUUAAGUAUUACCAAGUGGUUGUGUGAAAAAGGGGGAAAAGACAGUGUAUUAACGUGUAUUUAAGUGUGUGCAUAAAAUAACUGGAAGGAUAAACCAAGAAACUAGUAACUGUGUGUGAGGACAGGUAAUGGUGGCUGAGGGAUAGGUAAAAGGGAAACCUCAUUGCACAUUUGUAUGUAUAUGUGUGUAUAUGCAUAGUUAAAAUAUAUAUUACAUUUAAAAAUAUGUAUUUCCAAUUUUUUAGUCCGGAUGACAUGGAAGUAUUAUCUAUUCAAAAAAAUUGUUAAUUACCACAAGGUGAUCUUAAUAACAUUUGCACAGUACUGUUUGGUCCUCAAAAAGUACCCCUAUGGUAACUUUGAGGGUAAAAAACUUAAGUUUAUUUCAGGUUCAAAGACAAGACCUAGUUUUAUUCUCUUCGGGAGAGGCAAUGACUGAAUUUACGUUAAAAAUAAAACCCAUUGCCUUGGAGU